GUUUGGUUCCAGAACAGAAGAGCCAAAUGCCGAAAGCAAGAGAAUCAGAUGCACAAAGGUGUGAUCUUGGGGACGGCCAGCCAUUUAGACGCCUGCCGGGUGGCCCCCUAUGUGAACAUGGGAGCCCUGAGGAUGCCUUUCCAGCAGGUCCAAGCUCAGUUGCAGCUAGAGGGGGUCACCCAUGCCCACCCUCAUCUCCAUCCUCACCUAGCUGCUCAUGCCCCUUAUUUGAUGUUCCCUCCCCCUCCCUUUGGACUCCCAAUUGCCUCAUUGGCCGAUUCUGCAUCUGCAGCUGCAGUUGUGGCUGCAGCCGCCAAGAGCAACAGCAAGAAUUCCAGUAUUGCUGACUUGAGGCUCAAGGCCCGGAAACAUGCUGAGGCCCUGGGGCUUUGA